GCAUCUGGGGGCUUUAAAAGGGAAGCCAGACACUGGGGGCCAGGAGUUCAGUGUGGCCAAGAGCCCCAAGGCGCUAACAACGGAACUGGCAGCUUGCUCAUCCUCAUCCUAUAAGAAGGCUUGACUUGUUGGGAAGUUCCUGAGCAAAAUAACAAGACAAACACUCUCCUUCCUCAACAAAGCGACAAGUUGAGUUCCAACCAGCCACCAUGCCAAAGGGGUUCCUAGUAAAACGCUCCAAGAGGACCGGACCGGCUUCAUACCGGGUGCGGGAGGAGGAAAUCCCAACGCAGGACCUUCCACAAAGAGCUCCAGCUCUUCCAACAGACUUCCACAACUUUGCUCAAAAGACUCCAGCCAGGUGCUGCUACAGUGGUCUUCCAGAGUUCUCCUUCUACGCCCCCUCUCUGAGUCCAACCCGUCCAGACAGCGAGGGCUACCCCAGCCAGCAUCCUGUCCACCAACAGCCAGAGCUUUUCCCAGAACCUCUUCUCGGCAGCUUCGCCAUCAAUGGCUCUCCAGUAUCUCCAUCACUUCCAGAGACCACUGCGGACCCUGCUUCAACUUUCAGCGAGCCACCAACUUCAUCAGUGGCCACCAAAAAACGAGCUGCCCCAGACAACCAGGUGAGCACAUCAUCCAAGAAGCAGCGCAAGUCCUCCGGCUCCUCAUCAUCCACCCAGGAGAGAAGGUCAACCACGCGGGACGAGGUGACCACAUCCCCCGUGUUGGGGCUUCGCAUCAAGGAGGAGGAACCUGAGGAGGUACCCAAGCGGAGUUUUGGCUCCAGCGGUGCUCUGGGGGAGUUCAUGUGCCAACUGUGCAAGGAGAGAUACCCGGACCCCCUCAGCCUGGCGCACCACAAGUGUUCCCGCAUCGUGCGUGUCGAGUACCGCUGCGACGAGUGCGACAAGGCCUUCAGCUGCCCGGCCAACCUCGCCUCGCACCGCCGCUGGCACAAGCCAAAGGGCGCCGCCGGCCUGAGCGACGCGGAGAGCCGGCUGAGCCCGCAGCCACAGCCGCAGCAGAGCUCUCCUCCCUCCGAGGACGACACUCCCUUCGGCUGCCCGCAGUGCUCCAAGCGGUUCCGCCGCCAAGCCUACCUGAGGAAGCACCUGGCCCUCCACGGCCGCAAGGCUGCCAGCGCCAAUCAGGCACCGUCCCCCGGUCUCAGCGCCGCGGAGCCGCGUCUACCCACCCCUGAGCGCCCUUUAGAACUUUCCACCAGAGGCUCAGCCGCGGAGACAGCGAGGGCUCCAGCCGUGUUCCCGUGCCGCUUCUGCGGGGAACACUUCUUCUCCUCGCCGGGACUGACCCGACACAUCAACCAGCACCACCCAACAGAGAGCAGGCAGAUCAUCUUACUCACACACACAGCCUGAGGUCAUCUCAAACAUACCACAAAUCAACAACAAAAAAAAAACUCGCAUCUCCAACUUUUUUUUACAAAAAAAGAAGGAAAAAAAACUUUCUAACUUUAAAUGAUUUUCGGAAUGAUUUCUACUGGUCCAAUCGCUAAAUCACAAAAUUUGGACUCAGUAUAAAAAAUAUUUUUUUUUAUUUAUUACAUUUUAAAAAAUUACUUUCAAAAGUGAAAAAAAUAGAGACGUGAGGUUUUUCCGUGGCAGCGAUAUGCUAACCUCAAAAAAGUUCCAAAAAUGUUGUAGCUUAGGCACGAUGUACAUUCCCUUUUUCAUGAAAUGAUAUUUAUUUAUUUAUAUAUUAUCGAUUGAUUUAUUUAUUGGUUUAUUUAUUAAGAAAUGUAUUUAUUUACUGUUGUGUUUUGCGUUUUCAUGUUUACUGCACAUUUUUUUCGAAAUGAAUAAAUCAUGUUAUGUGACUGAGAUAAAAAAACUGAAAAAAACGUUUUUAUACUUUUCUACACAAUAAAAUAUAUUCACCUAAA